UGAAGCUGCAAGAAUGGGAAACUUUUCACCAAAUGUUACAAAAUGCUUUCGGAGUUUCAAGUCACAGAGCAUUUUAUUUAAUGGAUAUGAUCACCAUAGUGAAAAUACUACAUGUACAUAUGCUACAGAUUCUACGCACAGUCUCUAACAGUGGCCCAUAAUCACAGGAUCACACAGGAGACACAUCAUCUGCUCUGCUCUGUGUCUUCAGUUAAUUCUCUUCUGCCAAAUGUUUUGAUAAAAAACCGAACUGAGUCUACAGGCUCAGUCCUAACACUUACUGAAUGGACCUCAGUCGUUCCUCACUGAAAAUCCUGCUGUUCCUCAUCACUGCUUGUCCUCAGACAUCUGCAGUCAGACACUCUCUGCAGUAUCUCUACACUGCUGUCACACCAGGAAUUAAUUUCCCAGAGUUCACUGCUGUGGGUCUGGUGGAUGGAGGACAGAUUGUGUACUAUGACAGUAACAUCAGGAAGAUGAUCCCAAGGGUUGAAUGGAUACCGAAGAUCAGUGAUUAUGAUUACUGGAACAUAGAGACGGAGAGUACAUUGAGUGACCAGAAAGAUCUCCAUCAUCUGUUGCACACUGUAAUGAAAAGCUUUAAUCACACUAAAGGACUUCAUACACUCCAGAGAAUGUUCGGCUGUGAGCUUAAUUUUGACUGGACUGUUAGAGGAUACAAUCAGUUCGGUUAUGAUGGAGAAGAUUUCAUCAGUCUGGAUCUGAAAACUGGAACCUGGACUGCAGCUAAACCUCAAGCUAAGAUCAUCAAGAAGAAGUGGGAUAAUGAUCCUGGUUAUACUGUACACUGGAAGAACUACCUGGAGAACAUCUGUAUCGAAUGGUUAAAGAUGUACAUGUUUUACAGCAGAGAGAGGAAUGAUCCUCCUACAGCAUCAGUGAUCCAGAAACACUCGCCUUCUCCAGAGGUGGUGUGUCACGCUACAGGUUUCUUCCCCAAAGCAGUGAAUAUCUUCUGGAGGAAGGACGGCCGUCUGGUGUAUAAGAAUGUGGAAUUCAGAGAUACAUUACCCAACCAGGAUGGAAGCUUCCAGAAGAGAAGCAUUCUGAAAGUCCCAGCUGAGGAUCUGCAGAAACACACCUACACCUGCGUGAUUCAGCACAGCAGCUUGAAGGAGGAGUUAGUGCUAGAAGUACCAAAAGGUGGAGGACUGAUGCCUAUCAUCGUUGGUGUUCUCGUGGCUCUUGUUGAUCUCGUUGCGGUUGUUGCUGGAAUUAUGGUCUGGAAGAAGAAGAACUCUGGCUUCAAACCUGCUCCACCCUCUGAAGGAGAAUCUUCCUCCGACAAGUCUGACUGAUGUGACUGUGUGUCUUCCUGCUGAAGUGAGAGAGAGAGACCAGGAGAUGGAGAUGAGGACAGGAUUUAAGUUUGCACAAAAACACAGUGGGGCAUAUGGUGGAAGGGACAACGCUGUUUCAGAUAUCUAACUUGAGUGUAGUAUCUAUCUAUCUAUCUAUCUAUCUAUCUAUCUAUCUAUCUAUCUAUCUAUCUAUCUAUCUAUCUAUCUAUCUAUCUAUCUAUCUAUCUAUCUAUGAAGAAGCUCUGUCUGACAAAAGAAAGAGUUCAAUUCUUAUAAUUAAAUCAGUUGUAAAUACUUUGCAAUUAA